UCCGAGCUGUCACAACGAGCGUCAGUCUGUCUCUCUGCCUCAGCCCACACUCGUGCCAGACAGCCCCAUACUUGACUUUUGGCAACGCAUCAGUAAUUAAGUUGUUGUUUUGGAGGACUUUGUCAGAGUUGAACAGAGUGGAGAUGUUUCUUUAAACGCAGCUUGGUGGUCGUGCGGGCUGAAGACUGGAUUAUCAUUUCCUGACAGAGAAUUUGACAGUUAACCGCCUGGCUGGUGGUUGACGUGGUGUUAUUGUUCAACUGCGACAGAGCUCACAGCAUAACGGGUCAUGUCUCGUAGGAGCUCUCGCCUGGUGUCCGGUGGCUACUAUAAUUCGGAUGAAGAAUCUGAUUCGAGUAGCGUAACGAACAUAUCCUACCGUGAAAACCCUGUCAAGGUUUUCAAGAAGAAGGCAGGGAACCGCAAAUCCGGCUCCCGUACCCCCACAAGAGCCAAAAGCAAUGCUAGUACUGCCAGCCCCGAGCCGUCUAACACUGCAGGCCAGUAUGAUGGCCUGAGUCCUUCUCCCUUGAGCAGUCAGAGCCAGCCGACCAUGAGGACCGUGCCCUACGUCUCCACCAUUGCCACCCCUCGGCCUGCCCUGACCCCAUCAUCCACCCGGAGUCCAACGCCCACUCGCUGCCCCUCGGUACCUCCAGAGAAGAGCCCCCAAGCUGGGCUCUGCAGCUCCAACAUACCAGGAUUACACCUCAGACCCAACCACAAGGAGCUGAGUCAGAGCGGCCUGGACAGCUCAGGGUACUCGUCCUCUGAGGGCCCUUACAGGAGGCCCACAACCGCCACCAGCAGCACCAGUAGGAGCCAUGGUAACAGUGCGGCUCCCAGUAUUGGAUACAGAAUCUGUAGUGCCUUCUUCAGUCUGUUGGACUCGAUCUCAUUGAUGGCCGUCACAGUAAAGUCAGAAACAAUGCGUCUGGCAGCUUUAGCUAAUGCUUCAGUCAGCAGUCGCGUGAAGAAGGCCUGUGGUCUGUUUCUCCUCCUCCUCAUUGUACUUCUGUGUAUUUGGUUCCUCCUUCCUUUGUUGACCUUUCUCAUCUCCCGCACGGCUGUCACAAAGACCCCGUCACAGACAAAACCUCAGAGUCAACCUGUCAUCCCUGCCACUCCUCCACCUCAACUCAACGUCAUGCAUCCUACACCCGUGGUGGAUCCAGCCGUUGUGUCUGCUGCUGUAGAAGCAAAGAUGCGGCACGUUAUGGAGGAGCUGCAGCUGAAGCAGCAGGAGCUGCAGCUGAAGCAGGAACUCCUUCUCUCUCAGAUGAAGGAGAAACUGCAGCUGGACAUGCAGGACAUGAAAGCCAAGCUGGAGGUUGUGGACUCGGAGAGUCGGCUACAUCUGAAGCAGGAGCUUGCUGGGUUGGGCAGGCAGCUGGUGGAUUACCAGACAGACAGCCACUCCGCUGCUGCCGACCUCAGCCUCAGGAUCCAAGCUUUAGAGGCCCAGAAUGCCAAGCUGUCCCAGGAGUGGUUGUCCAUCCAGCUGAUGCCUCCUCCAGCCCCCUGUCCUGAUACGAGCGCCACCCCUGUCCACAACCUCCUCACCCCAGAGCUCCAACAGGCCAUGGAGAAGUGGCUCACUGACCGUAUCAAGGAGCAGGAUGCUCUUAGGCUUGCUGACAAAGGAAGCUGCUCAGACUGUGGGCGCCCCACGGCUGACAAAAUGGCAGACUUUGCGCUGGAGACUCAAGGUGCCAGUGUGAUCAGUACCAGGUGUUCAGAAACGUAUCGUAUCCGUUCAGCAUGUGUGACCCUGUUUGGAUUCCCUCUGUGGUACCCAUCUGAAAGCCCACGCACUGUCAUUCAGGGCUACCCGGUGCUGCUUCCGGGGAAAUGUUGGGCUUUUCACGGUGUCCAGGGGACUCUUGUGAUCUCUCUGUCUCACCCCAUCACGAUAACUCAUGUGACGCUGGACCACUUGCCGCGCUACAACUCCCCCACCGGCCGGAUCGACUCUGCCCCCAAAGACUUUGAAGUCUAUGGAAUGAAAAAUGACACAGAAGAAGGGACACUGCUGGGGACGUUCACUUACGAUGAAAAUGGAGAGUCAACGCAAACGUUUAAGCUGCCUAACCCCAGUGACGUGGUGUACCGAUUUGUGGAGCUGCGUGUCCUCACUAACUGGGGUCACGUGGAAUAUACGUGUCUUUACCGCUUCCGCGUGCAUGGACAGAUCUCCACCACAUGAGACUCGAGACUCACUGACUGCGACAUUCAUGGUCACUCCACCAAAUCAGAAAGUACAUUUACACCGUACGCUAUUAAAAAAAAAAAUUAUUUCUUAGGUGUGUUCAGGGCACGUUCAUGGUCAUGUUCAGGGCAAAAUGCUACUGAAAAAUUGUGUGUUGAGUAAUGCCGCACCUGUGUGUCAGCUGGCUUUGCUGUGUUUUGGAUUGCUUAUUGUGAAAGUGACAGAAAUCAGACGAAGAGUUUUUUUUUAUGCACAGUUUAAAGUGCACACAUAGCUUUGAAUAAAUGCAAAGAAGUGUAAAAUAAGUUUCUAAAAACCACAAAUCUACAUAGUAAAACCAUUUGGGAGCAUUCAGUUCUGGAAACCUGAUGCUUUCCUUCAUAUGGGAGUGCCACAGAAUAUGUUUAAUUCCUUCUUGUUGCUAUUUGUCAUAAAAUGACAUUUCUUGUGUUUUACCACUGAGCGGCUGCAGUGGACCAAUCAAUGUGUUUAACGCCUCCAUCGUGGGACUAAAUUCAUUUCAACAUUUAACAUCUUUACAAUAUGAAGGUCUAGUUUUUAAAAUUCUCAGUCGUGCAGUUUUCUUGUUAUCUGGAAUGGUUGAAACAGCUGUUACGCUAUUUUUGACAGGAAACUUCUGAUUUUUGGUUGUUGCUGAUGUGACUGAUGGGAUGUACCAUCCUAUUAACAAUAGGUAGAAAUUUUAUAGAGGGCAGCAGUGAAUGUUUUCUAAUCAGUAUUGAUUGUUAUUCGUCAAUUCAAUCUGAUUUAAUAUUCUUCUGAAAGAUCAAAUAUGCAGCUUUGUGACAUUUCUUUUGUUUUCUCUUUUAGAAAGUUUGACCUCUGGUACUUGAAUACUUGAAAACCUCUUUUUCUAACCUCUUUGAAAGAUGUCGUGUUAACGUCAUGACAUCUGUGUUUCCUCUUCCUUGUACAUAACACUUGUAUUUUGUAUGAGCUUCACAACCAGGAAGAAAAAGUCUUAUUUAUUUGUAAAAUGAGAGUAUUCAUUUAUGAAUUCAUGUUUCAAGUCAUGUCUAUUUUUUAUAACGUUCCAACAUGCUAGACAUGUGCAAAAUCCCUGAGUUUACCAUUCAGUAUCUCUAAAAUACAGAGUGUCUGUUCGCAUGAAUAUUGUUUGCGCUGCAUACUCAGAACUGUGUACGUCAGUGUCAUUCAGUCAUUUCUCAUGUGUUCUUUGUUUGUUGUACGGUACAUUUAGGCAAAUAUUAGACACUUGUUCUUAUUAUGAAGUGCACUGGAGGUGAAUCCAGGUAAAAAUCCAUCAUUUCUCGCUCUUUUCCUCUAUUAAAUAUAUGCUUUUCUUAAAGGGACAGUUCACUCAAACUCAAAAACACAUAUAUAAAAAGAGGGCGGAUAUAAAAUUGCUCCUACUUGAAACUGCUCACAGUAAAUGUUCAGAUAUAUAUAGAACUAUAGUGGAACUCAUCAACUCACACCCAAGCAAUCUAAAUAGAUGAAUAGCAGUACAGGUAAGAGGGGGAACAUGUAUUUUUGAUUUGGGGGUGAACUGUCCCUUAAACGGAGAUGGAGAUAAACUGAGGCACUGACAUGGAAAAGACAUUUUAAAGACAUACGUUGGUAAAGAUGAAGUCAUAUUUUUCACUUUCUGAGUGGUGUAGGGUGGAUAUAAAUUAUUUUUGCUAGAAUUUGUGUAGGUUACAUACAUUUAUAAUGUUAAUGUAUUGCAUUUUGUAUUUAAGCUGAUGAUAAUUCUUGGUGAUACAAGGACUUUGCUACAGUUCUAAUAUUUUUCAUUUUACUUAAUUUGUUAUGUAGGUUGAUUAUGCAUAACCAUGGAUCAAUAUUUGCUUAAUCUCUCGAACUUCAUUGUGGUAAAUGCACUUUAAUUUUUUAUGCUGAAAUCAAAUUUGAUUGGCUUUUGAGAGACAGAAGAUGUCAAAUGUGUGUUAUUAUUCACUUAGCACAGUACAGUGCGCAUUACCUAAAAGAGGUGAAAGUUGUUUUUGGAUUUGAAAGCUGUUGAACAGCCUCACAGUCCUAAUGCGUGUGUAUGUGUGUAGACAUGCUCCUUCCUGAACACACUAUACAGAAAGUGUAUUUCUCUCAGAUUCUUGUUGGUGUAAAGCUGUACAAGCAACACAGAGAACAGUUCUUUAGCUUAUGAGAUUUUAUUAGGUUCAGGUUCUCAGUUUAAAAAAAGCCAAAAAGAUAACUUUUGUUUUCUCUUAAUUAAACAGAUCCAUGUGUCAGAUAUUGCCUGAGUUGUUCUGCAGACUAUCAAUGCCUAUCUGUAAGCCAAAGUGGAAUGUUUGUCUGAUUCAUUGAAUAAAACAUCGGAAUAUAUUGUUGUUGCUGCAUUUGUAGUCUUAAAAAGUCUUAUUUUCUGAUGUUGCCUGUAGACUUUUUGGGCAGAAACAUGUUUAUCAGAGAGCAUAUUCACAGGCACUGUGGCAAUAUAUUAAAGAAACAUUUCUAAACAAUGAAAGUCCAAACGUUCCAGAUUUAAGACAAAAGAUAC